AUGGAAGAAGAAGAAACUGUAGCGGAGUUCCAUGCCAAAUUGUUCGAUAUCUCGAAUGAAUCUUAUGCACUUGGAAAGACUUAUUCGAAUGCAAAAAUUCUUGGUGUUCUACCCCGGAAGUUCAUGUCAAAGGUUACCUCUAUCGAAGAAAUGAGAAAUGUCGAGGAACUUGAUCUUGAUGAGUUAAUUGGGUCCCUGCAGAACUAUGAACUGAGUCUCACACGGUGGAAGAAAGGCAAGAAACAGAAAGAUCCUGAAAAAGAAAAAGCUGAUAAUAGUCUUGCAUUUGUGCAUAAAGAGGAAAAGAAGUUGAUCUCAGGUGCAUCUGAGGGUUUCACUGAUGAAACUUUAGCGCUGCUGACCGAGAAUUAUGCUAAGUUCUUGAAGAAGAAUUACAAGAAAAACUUUCCAGGAGGAAAAGAGAAUGGUCUCAGAAGAAACUUUGGUGGAAUCAAUAAGCAAACUCAGCAAUUUGGCGACGAGAAAAACAGGGGAAUACGGUGUCGAGAAUGUGACGGAUUUGGACAUAUUCAAGCUGAGUGUGCCAACACUCUUAAGAAAAAGAAAGCCUUAGCAGCUACAUGGAGUGAUAGUGAUGAAGAAAAGAGCUCCACUUCAAGUGACAAGUCUGAUGAAGAGAAACAGGUGGUGGCUUUUGUGGCAAAGAGUCAUCAAUCAAUGUGUUCAGAGAAAGACGAAAACUCAAGCUCAACAGAUGAGGACAGCGAUGGGAGACAGCAUGCAUAUGAUGAAAUGUUUGCUCAAUGGGAGUAUAUGGCUAAAAAAAUCAAAGGUCUCACUAGUGCCAAACAACAACUUGAAUCUGAGAAGGAUGAGUUGGAGGACACUGUUAAGAAGCUCACAAAACAGCUUGACGGGAAGGAUAGUGAGAUUUACAAACUGACUGCAGAGUUAAUAAGGGCUAAACAAUCUCUUGAGUUUAUCCCUCCAAGAACUGCUGCAAUUAACCACACCUUGCAGUUACAAAAACCUUAUGGAGAUCGAACAUCCAUUGGGUACAAAAUACUUUACAAGAAAUGGGAGAAUUUAGGAAUUAAUGAUCCCUCUUUGUCCAAGAACAAGGAAGAUAAGACUCCUGAUGACUCAGUGCACAAUACUUUCAGUGCUGGUUUCCCAAAUUCCACUAAACAGAUCAGUGUCUCAUCUGGACCCACCAAGUUGAAUUUCGAAGGAAGGAAGCCUAUCCUGAAUGGUCAGAUUCACCAAGAAAGAUUUGUUCCUGUUUGUCAUUUUUGUAACAAAAGAGGACAUAUUAGACCCAGAUGCUACAAGUUGCAGGCAUAUUUGAAAGCUAUGAUCGAUCGUCCGAAUAGCUUUCCGCAAUUGAAUCGAUUUACAGGAAGGUUGUCAUCUAGUGAGGGGAGACCCAAGUCUGAUCUUAACGAGAGUGUUGCAUUAGUUGCCCACACCUCUCUUUCAACUUUUCAAGAAGACCAAUGGUACUUCGACAGUGGAUGUUCUCGCCAUUUGACCGGCAACAGAAAUGUGUUGGUAAACUAUAAAGGAGGAAAGGAGGGAGCUGUGACUUUUGGUGAUGGGAACAAGGGUCAGAUAUUUGGAAAAGGUGAUCUGGUGCUAAACGGAGUCGCUCCAUUGACUGAGGUGUUGUACGUCAAAGGUCUCAAGGCAAAUCUUAUUAGCAUCAGCCAACUCUGUGACAAUGAUUUCACUGUAAAUUUCUCUAAAACUCACUGUUUUGUUGUAACUAAUGGGUGCUCAGUCUUGACAGAUGAUAGAACCAGCGACAACUGCUAUGCACUAAGCAAUCAAGUCGUAUGCAACAGAUCUUUUCUUGAUAAGCCAGACCUAUGGCACUAUAGACUGGGGCACUUGAAUUUUAGAGACUUGAAGAGAAUUGUGAAAUUACAAGCUGUUCGAGGGAUCCCAGAGAUGAAAGUCACUAGAGAUAGGCUGUGUGGACCUUGCCAACUGGGAAAACAGACAAAAGCAUCACAUCCUCCUGUAAAUAUGCUUCUCACCUCUCGUGUGCUGGAGUUGAUUCAUAUGGAUUUAAUGGGACCCAUGCAGAAUGAAAGUCUAAGUGGUAAACGAUUUGUCAUGGUUCUUGUUGAUGAUUACUCUAGUGACCAUGGAAAGGAGUUUGAAAACACUGUGUUCUCCGAUUUCUGCGAUCAGUUAGGAAUAAAACAUGAGUUUUCAGCUCCAAAAACCCCUCAACAGAAUGGGGUUUUUGAGAGGAAGAACAGGACCCUGCAGGAAAUGGCUCGGGUAAUGAUGCAUGCUAAGAACAUUUCUAAGCGUUUUUGGGCUGAAGCAAUUAAUACAGCCUGUUAUAUCUGCAAUCGGGUCCAUCUGAGAACUGGCACGACACAGACUGCCUAUGAGCUUUGGAAAGGAAGGACUCCUAAUGUCAGUCAUAUGCACAUUUUUGGGUGUGUCUGCUAUGUCCUAAAUGAUCGAGAACAUUUAGGAAAAUUUGAUCCAAGGAGUGAUGAAGGAGUAUUUCUUGGGUAUUCGCUUAAGGGGUGGCGACAGUAG